AUGCCUGUCAACGAUAUCCGUCUGCUCGCCCUCGACGGCGGCGGCGUCCGCAGCCUCUCCUCCCUCAUGAUCCUGCGCAGUCUCAUGGUCACCAUUGACCCCGACAACCCACCGAAGCCCUGUGACUAUUUCGACAUGAUCGGCGGCACCAACACUGGUGGCCUUAUCGCCGUCAUGUUGGGGCGCUUACGCAUGUCCGUCGACGAAUGCAUAGCUGCCUUCACCUCCCUGUGCGACGGCGUCUUCGAAAAGAAGAAGCACCACAGAGUCAGGAUGAACGGCAAGCUUCGAGGCAGAUUUGACAGCCGAGCCCUCGAGCGGGCCAUCAAACAGAUCCUCGUACGCACUAAUCACGACGAGAACAUCCUCUUGAGAGAUGCUUCCAGUUCGUGUCGGGUAUUCGUGUGCGCGACAAGUAAGGAAACUGGCGACACGGUUUGUCUGACGAGCUUCCGCUCCCCGAGGUCAACUCACCUCUUCGAAUGCACCACCGUCUGGGAAGCCUGUCGCGCCACCUCGGCAACGGCCACCUUCUUCGACCCCAUCGCCAUUGGCCCCUUUGGCGAGCAAUUCGUUGACGGCGCCGUCGGGGGCGCGAACAACCCCGUCGCCGUCCUCUGGUCCCAGGCUCGGGACGUAUGGGGCGCCGGCCUGCAGGGUAGUCUGCGGUGCCUAGUGUCCAUCGGCACGGGAGUGCCCGCCCUCCAACCGGUGCGGGAUAACGUGUUGAGCAUCUUGGCAGCGCUGCUGACACCCGCCCUGGAGACGGAAACCACGGCCGAAAACUUUCGUCGCGAUAAAGUCGACCUCGACGAUGAUGGCCGCUACUUCCGCUUCAAUGUCGUGCGUGGCCUUGAGCAAAUUGGCAUGGACGAGGUGAAGAAGAAAGCCGAGAUUGUGGCAGCGACGGGUGGCUAUGUUGCGUCGCAGGACGUGUUGAAGCAGAUGCGGGCAUGUGCCCGUCAACCUGUGAUCACGAUGUGUCAACUGUUCCCGCAGUCAGUCGCAUGCUGCCCUCCACGACUGCUCGCCAUCUCGCCUUGCCCGCAGUACGAGGGCCCUACAGACCGUGCUUCGGCCUUCGCGGCAGGAGCGCUUCCUCCAUUAGCGGUCGUGCCGACGGGGGGAGAAGGGCCCGAUGACGACUGGCUUCUCGGCCUCCUUGAUGGUCUACCAGGGAGCAUAGGCACAGGCGCCUACCUCCGACAGAUACUGGUCAGCAUCAAGAACGAAAGCGAGGCCGCUGCCAGUCUGCUCCACCUCUGGGCCAAUAUCGAUGACGAGUGUAUAUACCUCGACCUUCGCUACUCUCUGAUCGAGGAAUAG